AUGGCUGGCAUGGCCACGAUCGCCAUGGAGUGGCCCAAUGACCUGCUGAGCUGGGUGUUCCUAGCUUCACUAGCAGUCGUGCUCUUGCAGUUGCGGCAACAGAGCAAGCUCCCACUGCCGCCGGGCCCCCAGCCUCUCCCAAUCAUCGGCAACAUGAUGAUGAUGGGUCAGCUAACACACCGAGGCAUGGCGGUGCUGGCAGAGCGGUACGGCGGGCUGCUGCACCUGCGGCUCGGCCGGCGGCACGUGUUCGUGGUGUCCACAGCGGAGUACGCGCGCGAGGUGCUGCAGGCGCAGGACGUCGCCUUCGCGAACCGGCCGGCGACCACCGCGAUCGCGUACCUCAGCUACGGCAACGCCGACAUGGCGUUCGCGCACUACGGGCCCUUCUGGCGCCAGGCGCGCAAGCUCUCCGUCACGAAGCUCUUCAGCCGGCGGCGCGCCGAGACGUGGCUCGCCGUGCGCGACGACUGCAGCGGCGAGGCGGUCAACCUGGGCGAUCUGGUCUUCAGCCUGAGCACGAACGUCAUCUACCGCGCCGCGUUUGGCACCCGCGGGUGCGAGGGCCUGGGCGAGUACACCGGCUUCCUCAAAGAGUUCUCCCAGAACAUUAGCGCGUUCAACAUCGGCGACUUCAUGCCGUGGAUCGCCUGGAUCGACCCGAACCGCCGCCUUCGGGAGACACGCGACGGGCUAGACAAGUUCAUCGACAAGAUCAUCGACGACCACAUACAGAGAGGCAGGAGUUCCACGGACGCCCAAGCCGACAUAGUCGACGAAAUGCUCGCCUGUAUCCCUGGUGACGCCGUCGAUGACCGGCAUGGCUCCCUCCGCCUCACCCGCGGCAACAUCAAGGCAAUCAUCCUGGAUCUCAUGUUUGGUGGGACGGAGACGGUGGCGUCGUCCAUCGAGUGGGCGAUGAAAGAGCUGCUGCGGAACCCCGACGACCUACGGCGUCUGCAGCAGGAGCUCGCCGACGUGGUGGGCAUGGACCGGAACGUGACGGAGUCGGACCUCAGCGAGCUCCCCUUCCUGACGUGCGUCGUCAAGGAGACGCUCCGCAUGCACCCGCCGAUCCCGAUGCUCUACCACGCGACAGCCAAGGACUGCGUCGUCGGUGGCUACUCCGUGCCUCGGGGCUCCCAGGUGACGGUCAACGUCUGGGCCAUCGGCCGCGACCGCCGCACGUGGAAGGACCCCGACGUGUUCCGCCCGUCACGGUUCGCCGCGCAGGAUGGCAACGCCUCCGGGCUCGACCUCAACGGCAGCUGCUUCGAGUUCCUGCCCUUCGGCUCCGGCCGGCGGUCGUGCCCCGGGAUGGCGCUGGGCCUGCACGCGCUGGAGCUCGCCGUCGCGCAGCUCGCGCACGGCUUCCACUGGGCGCUGCCCAGCGGCAUGAAGCCGUCGGACAUCGACGUCGCUGAUGUAUUUGGGCUGUCGGCGCCGAGCGCCACACGGCUAUACGCCGUGCCUACACCCCGGCUCACCUGCCCGUUGUACUGA